CCUCCUCCUCCUCGAUUAGUAUAUAUUACUUUUUCUCCCUCGUGAAAUCUCCUCGCGCAAAAUAUUCUCUCGUCCUCUCCAUCGUUCUCUCUCUCUUUGACUUGGUCGACGACGACCAACCCGUUCCUUCCUUCUCUCUCUAUCUAUCUAUCUCUGUCUCUCCUGAAUCGAAGUUGCUUCACCUCAAAGGAAGAAACUUGCUGUCGUUGUUUACAUUCCGAUUAAAAAGGAGAUCUCGCGGCGAGGGUUCGGUUCGGUUUCUAUAUUCGAUCAGCAAUCUUUUAGUUUAGGAGGUCUCUCUAAAAACCCUAGUUUAGAUCAGAUAGCUGUUAAAAUCAGAAAUUUUGAAAACCCCAAUUCAUUCUUUUUGUCAACCAAUUCGUUGUUGAUACGUCUCGUCUAGUUAUAGGUUUCGGAAGCUCUGAAAGUUAGGGCGACUUGUAUUUUUUUUUUGUUGCCAUCAAAGAGUUUCCAACGCACACACAAAAAGGACUUAGCUUUUUAGGGAUUCUGUACAAAAAGGGAUUUUUUAGCUUUUAGAUAAGACUUAUAUAGGAAUGGCGUUGAAUUUUUCUCAUAGUCAUGUCUCUGAGAAACCAAUGAAGAUAACUGAGGGACUAUCUGAGAGUCAUGAUGGUGUUUUCUCUUCUGACAUUGUUGAUGUUCUGCCUUCUGAUCCGUUUGGGAUGGAUAUGAACAAUACUUUCACUGCCAUUACUGGGUGGCUUGAGGAUUUACAGGCUGAUUAUAGACAGUGUGAAAGAGAUGAGAUUGGUGAUGGAGACCACCAGCUCUUUGCUAGGUUGAGUAUUAUUUGGAACAAUGCAAUGCGGUUUCAGGAGUUUCCUGAGAGUCGCUGGUCUGGGUCAUUGUUCGGGUUUGAAGGUGAUGGAUCUUGUGCUGGUUCAUUCGUAUCCCCUACUAGUGUGGAUAAGGUAAUGAGUCGUGUUGGAGAAAGCAGUGAUGGAGGCGAGAAUGCAAACGUUCAUCCAGCGCUUGGUUUUUGUCUCUACCACUUGGGAGUGAAGGAUCUUCUUUCAGUCAGUAUGGUUUGCAAGUCUCUGCAUACCACUGUCUGUGAUGACUCGCUGCUGUGGAAACACAUCCACAUCUCUCAACCGUUGAAUGAGAAGAUCAAUGAUGAGGCUCUUCUGCGGUUAACCGAGAGGGCUCAUGGCACUAUGCAGUGUCUGAGGAUCGUAGAUUGCUCGAAAAUUACAGAGGAUUGUCUUAGGAAGGUGUUGGAACGCAACCCACAAGUAGUCAAGCUUGGCGUGCCUGGAUGCACAAGGAUCAGUAUCGAUGGCCUUGUCAGCAUCUUGAGGGACUUGAAGUCUGCGGGGAAGCUUAAAGUGAAACAUUUAGAGACUGGUGGUCUCUAUGGAGUUACUAAAGACCACUAUGAUGAGUUGUUGGACUUGUUAGACAUAGACAAUAAUGUCAACAAGACUAUCAUCCAAAAGCCGCGUUAUUACCAUAGAGGAUACACAUUCGCCUCAUGCGAUGAUGUUGUCCGGGCGCUGGAUAUUGAGAUGUGUCGGAAAUGUGAGAACUGGAGGAUUGUGUAUGACUGUCCAGCGGAAGAUUGUAAAGGGAAGGAGGAGUGUCGUGCUUGCUCUCUUUGCGUACAGAGAUGUGUUCAGUGCGGUCGGUGCAUCAAUGGCGUAUAUGAGGAGACGUUUUGUCUGGAGUUUUUGUGCUCGGGUUGCUCGAAGCUCCUUAAGUUCCCUCUCGUUUGAUUAAUAAGUUUCCCUUUCAUCUUUUGUUGAAGGAAUAAUUAUCAUAAAGAUUUGUGUUGGCUUUUGACAUUGUUUUUAAUAAAAUAAAUAAAAGAUGAGCUUUGGUUUA